GGAACGCGCACCCGUCUGAUCAUGUGACGCAGAAAUGACUCAAAGAUCAGGAAGCCAGCGCUGAACGGACUGAUCUGAGCCGAGCAAGUUUAUCCUGCGAGCAGCUUAAUGUGUUGCCAUGGACUACCAGCGCGGAGUGGCCAAGGACCCCAGCCAAUUGGCUCAGACCAUCGGCUCCAACAUACACAAGAUCACGCAGCAGACAUCUGAGAUUCAGAGGAUUGUUAAUCAGCUGGGCACUGCACAGGAUACUGCAGAACUGAGACACACGCUACAGCAGAAACAGCACAAUGUCAACACUCUCGCCAAAGACACGGACAAGUUGAUGAAAGAGUUUGGAUCGUUGCCAGUGACAACAGACCAGCAGCGCCAAAGAAAAAUCCAGAAAGAUCGUCUUGUCAAUGAUUUCUCCAAUGCCCUGGCAAUCGUCCAAAGAACCCAGAGACAGGCGGCACAGAAGGAGAAGGAGUUUGUAGCCAGAGUCCGGGCCAGCUCAAGAGUAUCAGGUGGUGGUCCAGACACAGAGUUCAGAGGAGGUUCUAAUCCCUUUGGAGAUGACAGCCAGACGCAGGUACAGGUGGAGGAGGAGGCCAUCAGGGAGGAGGACCUGUCCCUCAUCCAGGAGCGGGAGCAGGCUAUACUGCAGCUGGAGUCUGAUAUUACAGAUAUCAACGAGAUCUUCAAAGACCUGGGGAUGAUGGUCCAUGAGCAAGGGGACAUGAUAGACAGCAUAGAGGCCAAUGUGGAGAGUGCUGACCUCAACGUGCAGUCUGCUACUCAGCAGUUGGCGAGAGCAGCCGAUUACCAGCAAAGGUCCAGGAAGAAGAUCUGCAUCCUCAUAGUGGUGUUGAUGAUUGCAGCUGUAGUCCUCGGCCUGAUCAUCUGGGCUGCUGUAAAGGGAUAAGAUCAUGCCAAUGCUAUAUUUUACACAUCACUUUUUAUUUUCAACCCCCCCCCCCCCUUUUUUGUCAUUAAUUACAGGAUUAUAGGUGUCAGACAGACACUUUGGCUACAAGAGCCUUCAUCAACGCCUGUCUGACCUGCAAUGAAUGAAUAAAAAGGGGGCAAUGUCUAAUCACUUUCGGUAACACUGUACUUGAUACCGGUGUCAUAUGCAUGUCAUUACAGUGUCAUAACAGUGUCAUGGCACCGUUUUGCACGUGUCAUAAACAUUAUGUCAAUGUCAUAGACAUUUUAUGACUAUUGGCCUUGAGGUUGUCUUUGCCAUAACCAAAUGUCACUACAGUCAUGAAAUCUUUAUGACACUGACAUAAUGUUAAAUGCCUUAUCUAUGACUGUGUCAUGACACUAUUGUGACACUGUAAUGACAUGCAUAUGACACCGGCGUCGAGUAAAGUUUAACCUCACUUUCUUAAUCAUUGUCCUCCUCAAAGGGCUAGUUAGUAGAUGCUGGGUGCAUCCCAAUAUGUGACCUUGCCUCCUCCACUUGCCUCCUCCACUUGCUUCUCGUCAUGAUGACAUCACUGACAACAGCAUUAUAUUUCAAUAUCUUGCAAAAGCUCAAUUGUAAAGUCUUUUUCUCAUUUGCAAUUGGGAUGAUGAAUGAAAAACAGUCCCUCAAAAGUUGUUGUGGCGAGGCUGACAGCUGGUAGCCUGAUAAACCAGACUAAAUGUGGAUGUCUAAUUUAGUCUGGCCUCGAUGCAUAAUACAUCCGAAGAUUGUUGAUGAGAACAAACUUCCCUCAAAACCCUGCCCACUUUGAUUCAAAACACAUCUUUGUGUUGUAAUUGGUUUGCCAGAUUCUUGGCAUUCUGGCUUCAUUGAAUCAUUAUGCGAGGCCAGACCCACCCGUAGACGAAACAUUUUGCCGUCCAGCGGGUGGCGCUGGUUCACCAGGCUAGACAGCUGGGAAACUUUAUCGUUUUCUCCACGGAGGAGGGGCCAGGAGGCGGGACGAGGAGACAAGCACUAGUGGAGGAGGCAAGGACACAUAUUGGGAUGCACACGCUAUGUUGGCAGGGUCAAGAGAGGCCACUCAGAGACUGUGCUCCACCAGUCCUCUAACAUGGCAUGCUUCAGGUUCUGUGUUAGCCUGGUAAACCAGCUGCGAGUGGGUCUGGCCUCGGAUCUGAGAACGUUUUGAACACUGUGCCCUGAGUCUGGCAAAACCAAUUACAACGCAGAGAUUUGUUUUGAAUCAAAGCGGGCAGGUUUUGAGGGAGUGACGACGAAGCUUGCAACACCGUUGGGAAAGCACGUCAGCGCAGGGACGGUUUGAAAAAACAAGAGGUUGUUCUCAUCAGCAAUCGUCCAAGGUAUCGUUCAUCGCGGCCAGACUAAAUUACUCCGGUCUCACAUUUAGGCUGGUUUAUCAGGCUAGUUCUGUGUACUACUAGAUGCAACUUUGAUUUCCUACACAGUUGUGAAUUGCAGGUUUCAGACACUGAAACCUCUGCCAUGUUUUCCUUAACUUUUUAGUCGCUUGUACUGUACGCGGCUCCACUCACCAAUAUGUCAGCCACAUCACUUUCCCACUGCCGGUUUUCUGGUAAGCCUACAGCUCGACACAGCGCGACUCUGCACUUUUUGCUUUACUAUUGAGCUAUUGUGUCGUGCGUGCCUAUUCGAAAAGCAAAAAGUGACGGCUGAGUCGCGCUGUGUCCAUUGGUAGGCCUACCAGAAAACCGGCAGUGGAAAAGAGGCAUUAUCCAGUCAGCCACAAACUGGUUCACUUUUUCUGUUCAACACAGCUGAGUGCAUAGCUGAGCUGUUUCUCUUGAAAGCUCUAAACAUCCUUCUGAUUCAGAGCUGAUUGGAUCAAACUAGUCGCAGGGAGUUUACUCUCUAGGCCUGGUGAUGGACACUUCUGGGAUGCAUUUCUCGAAACCGUAGUUGCUUACUAUGUUAGCUACUUUUGUUGUUUGCAAUGCAAUUUCCCAUUGGCAACUACCAAAGUUGCUUACAGGCUAACAACUACGCAUUCGAGAAAUACACCCCAGAUCAUCAGGAAUGACUACUCAUCACUCAAAGUAGAGAGUUAUGCUUUGAAAUUUUUUUAUUUUUUUUUAAAGGGACUAUCAUACUAAAACGUGCUUCAUGUACUGAUAAAUGGAAUUAUCAUUGAGGACAGUUUUUAACAUGUUUUGAUAUCUAAGUAUUUUUACUGUGUAUAGUUCUAUUUCCCCUGUAAACUUGUAUCAAUAUACCUACGUAAAAAAGGUUUAAUGAAAGCAUUCCAUUGAAUCCAUUAGUUAUGUCUGCCCUAACUACUGUAGUAAGCAAUAAAGCAUGAUGUGCCACAUUUACAUGUGAUCUUUAUCCUGAGAAGAAAGGGAAUGUUUGCUAUUUAACUGUAAUUCACUUUAUAUUGUAAAUUAAAUAUUGUAUAGAUAUAUGCAAUCAAACAAAUGGUUUGCUGUCUGUU